AGUUUCAUUUUGAUUUCUUUAAUAUUUCCCCGGUAGAACCAACCACUCUGAAUUUUAUCUACUCCGCUUCCCCCAUACCUUCUGGAUUUAGCGUAGUUUUGUUCUUGAUUGAAGCGUUCCUACAAUCUGCUGGAGUUUGAUUUUCAGUUGGCUGUGUCGUGAAUUCACCAUUGAAGAAGCCAAUACAAGGAGCAAGGUAAAGAAAAUUCAAGCGGCUUAAAGGAUUUCUUUGGUAUUUCCUCGUUGAUUGAAAGAUGUAUUUAGUGGAGAGUAAAGAAGGGGCAAUAGCAUGUAUGGUAUUGUCCCUCUUUUUUCUGGGGACUUUUCCUGCACUUUUGACUCUUCAAGAACGGCGAGGGCGUCUCCCUCAGCAUACUUUCCUUGAUUACUCGAUCACAAAUUAUUUAGCUGCUGUGAUCUUUGCUUUGACACUUGGUCAGUUUGGAAACAGCUCACCAGAGACUCCUAAUUUCAUCCAACAGCUUUCUCAGGUGCAAGAUAAUUGGCCUUCAGUCAUGUUUGCGUUGGCCGGGGGUGUAGCGUUGAGUAUCGGCAAUCUUUCCUCUCAAUAUGCUUGGCCCUUUGUUGGUCUAUCAGUUACAGAAGUGCUCGUUUGCAGCAUAAUAGUAGUUAUAGGCUCGACCUUGAACUACUUUCUUGAUGGCAAAAUUAAUAGAGCCGAGAUUCUUUUCCCCGGUGUUGCGUGCUUUUUGAUCGCGGUAUUUCUUGGCUGUGCUGCUCACUUGUCCAACUCGGCCGAUAACGAAGCAAAGCUGGAACACUUGUCUGCUGAUUCAGAAAAAGAGGCAGUUGAAACCUCUCCUAUUUUGAGCCAUGACGCGGAGAGUGCCAAUUGUUCGAGCCGAGGUGCAAAAGCUGGGACUGCAGACUUUCUUAUUCAACUAGAAAGCAGAAGAUCCAUCAAGGUGUCUGGAAGAAGCACACUAAUAGGACUGUUCAUAACUUUCUUUGCUGGUGUUUCCCUUUCUCUCUUCUCACCUGCAUUCAAUUUGGCCACAAACGAUCAAUGGCACACUCUGAAGGAAGGCAUCCCGCGCUUGUCGGUCUUUACCUCAUUUUUCUACUUCUCGACCUCUUUUUUCGUCUUAGCCUUUGUUCUUAACGUCGUCUUCCUUUACCGCCCUAUGCUGAACUUACCCAAGACAUCAUUCAAGGCAUAUCUGAAUGAUUGGAAUGGUAGGGGAUGGACCUUUUUGGCUGGUUUUUUGUGUGGAUUUGGCAAUGGUUUACAGUUCAUGAGCGGUCAAGCUGCUGGAUAUGCUGCAGCAGAUUCUGUGGAGGCCUUUCCACUUAUAAGCACAUUUUGGGGAAUUGUUCUGUUCGGAGAAUACCGUAGAUCUUCAAGAAAAACAUACGUUUUGCUUGUCGGCAUGUUGUUUAUGUUUACAGUGGCUGUUGUGGUUUUAAUGGCUUCAUCAGGGAAUGGACAUGAGAGAGGCAUUAGAAAAUCUUGUCAAACCUCACCCCUUUGUGCUGAUUAGAAAGGAAUCACAAUUGCUGUUGCCUUUU